AUGGUGAGUGAAAUAGGAAUGAACAAAGACAAAGAAGAUGAGAAUGCAAAUAACAAGAAUGGGAAUAAUGAAGACAAUGAAAUGAUGAUGAUGAUGUACGACAAAGUGAAGGCGGUUGUAGGCGGAAGUGCAGUGGUGGUAUUCAGCUUAAACGAUUGUUGUAUGUGUCACGUCGCGAAACGCCUUCUGUUUAGCCUCGGCGUAGGGCCAACUGUCAUCGAACUCGACUCGAAAAGCGGCAGUAAUGGCGAGAUUCAGGCUGUGCUAUACCAGCUUUCCGGUCAGCAUCAGCCGCUGCCAGCCAUAUAUGUUGGAGGCAAGUUUUUAGGAGGGAUUGAAUCUCUUAUGGCUUCUCACAUAAAUGGAUCCCUUGUUCCUCUCCUUAAAGAGGCUGGUGCACUUUGGCUCUAA